UCAAGCCUCACCACUCCCGCCUGCGGUUUUCGGCCGGCGUAGACGUGCCCUUUCUUUCCUCUGGCGCGCAUGCGCAUUGGUACCCCCGGCCCGGAAUGCAGGAGGCCGGCUCACGGCUCACUGUGGGGCCGGGCGCCGUUGGUCUACUCUGGAGGGUUAGUGGUGGCAGGAUCCAAAGGGAGUGAUUUCUCUAUCUCAGCUAUUCCAUUUCAUUGAACAUGGCUGGAGGAAUCACGGAUACAGGGGAGCUGUACUCUCCUUAUGUGGGCCUGGUUUACAUGUUCAAUCUGAUAGUUGGGACAGGAGCUUUAACAAUGCCAAAAGCCUUUGCUGCAGCCGGUUGGCUUGUCAGCCUCAUCCUGAUAAUGUUUCUAGCAUUCAUGAGUUAUAUGACUACAACAUUUGUAAUUGAGGCCAUGGCUUCAGCAAAUGCUCAUCUUCGCUGGAAGAGAAUGGAAAAGCACAAGGAAGAUGAUGAGGAAGAAGAUUCUUCAUCUGGAGUUUCCGAUAGUGACAUUCUCCUCCCAGAUGGCUAUGAGCGGUCAGAGACGCGGCCUAUCCUAUCUAUUCAAAGACGAGGAGCACCUAAUAUUUUUGAAAUCUCUGAAAGAGUGGAGAUGGGUCAGAUGGCUUCCCUAUUCUUCAACAAAGUGGGAGUCAAUUUGUUUUAUUUCUGUAUAAUCAUCUACCUCUAUGGUGAUCUGGCAAUAUAUGCAGCUGCUGUUCCAGUUUCACUCAUGCAGGUGACCUGCAGCAGGAACCUCAAUCAUUCAUGCAGUGUUGAAGAUAGUACAAAGUACAAUGAUACAGACAAGUGCUGGGGACGAAUUAGAAGGAUUGAUGCUUACAGAAUUUAUCUGGCAGCAUUUACCCUUCUCUUGGGUCCAUUCACAUUUUUUAAUGUGCAAAAAACUAAGUAUCUGCAGAUCAUGACAUCGUUGAUGAGAUGGAUAGCAUUCGUCAUCAUGAUAAUUUUAGCACUUCUCCGCAUCAGCAAGGGUCACGGGAAAGGUCAUCCUCCACUGGCACAACUCUCAGGAAUCGGCAAUCUCUUUGGGGUGUGCAUUUAUUCCUUCAUGUGCCAGCAUUCCCUGCCAUCCCUGAUUACGCCUAUCUCCAAAAAGAAACACGUUAACAAGUUGGUCCUUCUGGAUUAUGUCUUAAUACUGGGCUUCUACAGUCUCCUGUCUUUUACUGCUAUCUAUUGCUUCCAGAAUGGGACACUCAUGGACAUGUAUACGCUCAACUUUACUAACUGUGAUAUUGUUAAUAAUGUUUUCAUCCGCUACUUCCUGGGCCUCUUCCCAGUCUUCACCAUUAGUACCAAUUUCCCUAUAAUUGCUGUAACUUUGAGAAACAAUUGGAAGACCCUCUUCCAUCGAGAAGGGGAAACAUACCCAUGGAUAGUAGAUAGGCUUGUUUUCCCAGUCAUCACACUGAUUCCUCCAAUUCUUGUGGCUUUCUGUACCCAUGAUCUGGAAAAGCUGGUGGGCAUUACUGGGGCCUAUGCUGGAAAUGGGAUCCAGUACAUCAUCCCUGCUUGCUUAGCAUACUGUAGCCGUAAAGACUCUCGGCUGGUCUCGGCUGGGAGUGGCACGCUGAAUAAACAUUUGUCCCCUUUUCGGCACACAUUCUGGAUUGGAUUUGUGCUACUCUGGGGCCUUUUUUGCUUUCUGUUUGUGACUGCAAAUAUUGUCUUGAAUGAAACCAAGCUUUGAUGAUGGAACAACACUACUUGUUACAGAAGAACCUGGAGAGAGACAGUAAGAACUGUCAAUCAACUUGCUUGAGCAGGAUGCUAACUUUAUCCAUUCUGGGUAGAAUUCUGCCCUUUUAAAUUCAGAUUUUCCAGUCAAUGAAUGAAGUUGUGGGCUUGACUACAGAUGCCUGGUACCUGACCAACUGACCUGACCACAAUACAGGCCAUCUUCUUCUCUUCUGCUGUGAUAUAUCUGAGGCUGUCAGAUAUACAUCUCUUCCUCUUCCUCAAGAAUGAUGCAGAAGACCAGCAUUGCUUCUGUCAUUCGGGAAAGCAGGCAGUGGAUCAAGCAAGCAAUGAACUGUUGUCAUGCUUAUCAUCUCCCUAAAGUGACCUUCUCCUAACUAACAGGAAACAAAAUAAAACAGAAGCAGGGUGGACACAUGUUGCGUCAUGUUGUGUGGUGUACAGGGCACCCCAAGCUGUGGAACGUGGGAAGAGACUGUCUCAGUAGUGAUUUUUCUCCCACUUCAAUAAUUAUUCUCCCCUCUCCCCCAUGUUUAGUGUCUUUUCUAUUUCUGUUAAAGCCUUUCCAACUCACAUUCAUGGAAUGGGAUUAGAUUCAAAAAUGCUGUGACCGUUUAAAUGCAAAUUUCAUUUGUUUUUUAAAAUAUCUUUAUUUUGUUUUGUUUUUGUACUUCAUUUGUAGUCUGUGAUGUUCCUUCCUCAAUUCUUUUUAUGCACUGUGUGGGUGAGAAGGGUGUCUUGUUAAAAACUACCAGCUGGGUGGCACAGAGAACCUGCCUGAUGAAAAAUAAAAGGGAAAUCCUGCUUCUACAGUUGCUGAAUGCUGCUAAGUAGUUUGUAUACUGUCAUGGUCCUCUGUUUCACAGUAGGUUCGCAGCUCAGGUACAGGCUUCACCAUUUGUUUGUAUCUAAAGGUGCUAAUUAUUCCCAGUAUGGAUAAUGUGUAAAGCCCAGGUUUAUCUCUGGUGGCUUAGGCUGGAUGUUUUCCAGAUUUAAAGGGAAGACUCGAACCUUACCUUGAUAUAAAAUUAUAUGAAUGUAUAUCAAGAAGAGUAAUAUAAACAAAGAGAAGAAAAUAUUUGCUUUCUGGCUGAAGGUAAAACAACUAUUAUUUUCUAAUGCUUGCUAUGUUUUUAAAAAAUGAUUUUGUCUUCUCUGUGAAAAAGAUCACCUUCCUCUCCCCAUGCUGAAGGAUGGGAUGCUUGUGGCAAGAGCAAUUACUUGCAAUAAAAAGUGUGUUUAGACCUAUUCUGCAGGAUGGCAGGAUACUGCUACAUUCUCCUCCUCCACAGUCUUCUUUUCUCUUAAAACCAGAUCUCCAUCCCAACUCCAUGUCUCAUCAAAGAAUUGGCAAAAUUUGGAUUUAAAUCCAUAGUGUCUUUGCAGAAAAAUAAAAUUUCUCAAUCUGCUCUUGGCCAUUUUUUUGUGGUGAAGCCAGCAGCGUCAUUUAAAAAACCUUGGAAGGGGUCAUGGACUACAAACAUUUUUAAUACAGGAAGUCCCCAAGUUAUGAACAAGAUAGGUUCUGUAGGUCUGUUCUUAAUUUGAAUUUGUAUGUAAGUCGGAACAGCUAUAUUUUUAAGUGUAACUCCAGCUAUAUAUAUAUAUAUAUGGCCAUGUUUCAAUAUCCAAAGCAUAUGCAUGCUUUGGAUAGCAUAGGGAAGGGUAAACUCCCCUGUGAUGUUUGUUUUACCAUCUUUGUCCUUGUUUAGAAAAUUUCACCUCACUUUCUGUCCCUAUAAUAAUUGGAUUUUGAAAAAAAUGGCUUUCUGUGAAAACAAGGAUUGACGAGAAAGCAUCAAUGAGAUUUUUUUUCCCCCAUGAUAACUUUUCCAGGAGUGAAUUUUCCUUCAUAGGGGUAGAUUUCUCUCACUUCCUGUUGUCUCAUCCUUAUUUGUAACUAUGAGUUGUUUCUAAGCUGGAUGUUUACAAGUCGGGGACUGCCUGCAUAAGGACAGUUUUGAUUUGACUUUCUUAGGCUAUAAAUAUCUUGAAGCUGCUUUUUCUUUUGUUUUCUUUUAUUAAAUUUCAAUCUUUCAAACCCCUGGAUUAUGUUUGCACUCAUCUAGUCUGGUGUUGCUGUGAUAUUAAAUUUGACUUUGAACCAAAAGGAGCUGAUAAAUUCAGUACUGUUGCUUUUUAAAAUCAAAAUUAUUAUCAAAUACAGUCAUCUAAACCAAAUUGCUUUUGCUAUUGUGAUUAGCCAGGGCUGGAUUUGUUUUUUUUAAAAACACACAGAAACCUUUCUCCUUUACUGAGAGCAAUGCAACUUUUCUCAGAUCAUAAGAUAUCAUUUUGCAUAAUACUGAAGUUUGCUGGCUGUAGAGAGUUUUCUCCAGCACAUCAAAAUCUAAUGGCACCCACCCUCUUCUUCAUCUCAAGCUGUACUUGGCUGCCCUUGGUGGAACAUUGGAUUCACAUCUACAGAGAACUGGCUGAUACCUGAUGCUGCUUCUUUGACACCAAGUUACCAAGAGCUCCCUGUGAGUGAAUGCUUGGUCUCAAUUCUCAAUGGCUGGUUUAAGGAUUUGAAACAGAAUCACAGUUGUUGCAUUGGUUUAGCAACUGCCUCUUUUUCUUUGUCAUUCUUUCCCACAAGUAUUAUAAGAUUCGGUCUGACUGGGGCUGGAAGAGAGCACAGAUGGCCGUGACAGGGCUAUCACAUAUUGGCUGACUCUGUCCUCAUGCAAUAUGAGACAGACAAGGAUUGGAUCAGUGUUGACAUCUUAGCAGCAACACCCCCCCUCCCCCCCCCCAAAUAUACUUUGUAAAGAGACAAGAAUUGCAUUGUGGCAAUCUGUUUUUAUCUGAUGAUAGAACUCCUGAAGAGUACAGAUUCACAUUAACUUCUGCCUUCUGGAAGGCUGAUUGAAUUUCUUACUUUUUUCAAAUUGGUCAUUCUAUAUGUAUGCUAUCAUAAUACAUUCCUAUACUUCAUACUUAUACAACCUUGUAUAUACAACUUUUUAAAGUUUUUCUUGCAUGUUUUGGUUUUCUUCCUUGCAACUCAGUUUGGAAGACCUUUCCUCAUAAGCAGAAUUCAUUAUUAUCUUAAUUUAUAUUGCACUCAGAGCCAGAGAAAUUAUAUAAUUUGAUAUGCUGCAGCAGCACUGCUUUAGACUCACGUUGCCUAAGUUUACCACCACCACCACCAGCAGCAGCCUGGUUAUUUUUCUCAGGCUGGGAUUUCUCCUAGUCCUCGGAAGUCCUAUUUUUCAUCUUGAAAAGAUCUGAGUAUGCAUCAAAGCACAACUGCUUUCAUGAAUUGCUUUCUACUAAAAAGAUGUUGUAUCUGGCAGCUUCACUAUUUUCACCAUUUUAAAUUUACUGUGUUCCUGGAGAUUUCCCCUGAAUCACUUUUUAUUCAAAUCCUGUGUUGCAUUACAUGCCUUUUUGGCUUAAACUAUUUUGAUUCUUCUUUAUUGUAGCAUCAAAGGUUGUAAAAUGAGAAAAUUUAUACUACAGUUGUUCUCUGAUUUCAGGACAUACAGAGAUGGCUUUCUUUCUGCACAAGAAAGCUUUUAAAAUGGCUCAGCAGUAGUGCCUUCCAUGGCUUCCUUGCCUUUUAGAGCUCCCUUUUGAUUGGUUUGCAUCAGAGUAACUUUCCAAGGUUCCUGCAAUAUGUAAGCAAUGGAGGAAUCUACCUCAGUGAAUGCAUGCACUAGAUAGAAAAGAUUAGUAUUCAUUUCAGAAAAAUGCCUUAAAACAUGGAAUAUACAUGAGUGUAUCAGGGGUGUGUGCAAGUGUGCGCCUCAUUAGCUUUGUUGCCAUAAGCCACAUGGAUGGAAUCCAGGGCUGAACCCAGCUGAGUAUGAUACAGUACCUGGUGUCUUCCCACAUCUGCUUUGACAUGAGAUGAUAUUUUUCAUUGGCUAUUAUAAUGGAGCUCUUCUUCCCUACGACUCUUGGCUGUACCAUGUCCUCGGCUUGUCCCUGUAUGUAAUUAUUUUUCUGGAAGGCAUAAAGAAAUAAAUGCAGAUUAUGCAUCUGUUGUGGGUUGGCCUUUUCCUGCAUGCAGUAAGGGAGGGAAUGUGGAAUGGGUUUCUGUUGAUGGAUCAGUUGGCAAGAGCAAGCCAUGGGGUGUGGGUGACAGCAGUUCAUGGAGCAACUCCUGCAUCCUCCUGUCCCUCUGCAUUAGCCUCUUGUUUCUCAGAGCGCUAGGUGUUCUCUGAAAACUCAAUUAAAACAGCUGUACCUUACCCAUCUCAAUUACAUUUCCUUACGCUCAAAAACUAAACAAAUUGAAUCAUUUCACCACCUCAGGCAGCAAAUGAAGUUUCUUCUGGCAAAUUUAUUAUCAUCAUAAAACACAGCAUGAUUUAUGUUAAAGUAUUAAAAGGCAUCUUCACGAUUGGAAAUAAACAGUUUCUGCUCUC